AUGGGUGACGAGACGUCCACGUUCCGCACCUUUAUCGCAGGCUUCACGGACUUCCUCACUGUUGCCAUUCACACCAUCCUGUACGAGCGAGGCAUAUACCCAGAAACGUCCUUUCUGUCGGCCCGGAAGUUCAAUUUUGCCGUCCGCCAGAAUCGGCAUCCCAAAGUCUGCGAGUGGAUCGAUGACGCAGUAACGGCUGUGGAGAACGAGCUGUACAAAAGCACCGUCGAGCAUGUUGUAGUCGUGAUUUACGACAAGCACAACAAGCCCCGUGAACGCUUCAUAUUUGACGUGUCGCGCUUUCCCAUGGUACCUCUGGCUGAUAUGGACGUGCCUCUGGAACGUGUCAACGCCGACGGCUUGAAAGAUACCAUUCUCCCAUUUGUCGACAUGGAAGAGGAAUUUCGAGCAACAAUGAGUCGGCUGUCGAACUGCAGCGCAGAUAUGUCGCCUUUGCCCAAAGGCUGCACUUUCACAGUGGCUAUCGAACUAAAAGGCGAAGGCCAAGCCCCGGUGGAACAUCCGCAGGCUUGGGUUCCAACUGAAGGUCAAGCAGAUCCCCAAGCGCGCACGAAGGGCCAGGAGCUUCAAACAACGCCAGUGCGCGCUGUUGCUGCUGGCGAGAUGAUGUUCGAAUGCUGGAUUGAAGAGAUCGCGGACCAAAACUCAGGGGAUAAAGAUGCACCGACUUGA